AUGCCUCUCACCAUUACGAGCCUGCAAUACACCACCAAUGACGUCGAGGACCGGAUCCUGCCGGACAUCGACGUGCAGUACAUCCUCAAACGAGAUACCACCAGCGGCAGCACCCUCAAGGACGGCGACUACGUCCUAUCGAUCGACGGAGAAGUCCGCACUACAGGGCAGACCGCCGUCCACGUUUACGCCGGCCGUCUCAUCUCCUUGGAAUCUGAGAGAGAGCGCCACGUUAUCAUCAAAGCCGCCUGGGACAUCGACACGCUCCUCAAGGAAGCCACGAUCUACUCUCGCUAUUUGUUGCCUGCGGUAGAGGCCGGUCUUGUCCCCGGAUGCCAUGGCGUGGAUUGCGCCGUGAUGCCCGGACUCGAAGAGGAAGAGGCUGGAUGCUUGAUCCUGGACUAUGCGGGCCAAGCCUUGUACGAUCGAUGGAAUACGAUGAGAGACGACAGAGUGUUGAAACUCCUGAUGAUCGAAACGCUCAUGGGUGUACACCAAUGCGGAAUCGUUCACGGCAACAUCGAACCGCGCCACCUCACCAUACAAUCCGACGAAGACGGGACCUACCCCCGUCUGAUCGAUUUCAGCGAGGCGCGCGAGAUGGAUACAGUCUGCUCCUGUCGUAGAGGCAAGACCAUCAAAGACGUAGCUGAAAUGAAGAUGGAGCCGAGGAGAGACGUCUGGGCCUGCGAUGAAGUCUGGCACUGGUGCAACGAGCUGAAAGUUUGGCCUCCCCGCCUCUUCCCGUGGCACGGUAUCUGUAUACGCGUGGACGAUCUGCUCGCCGGAAAUGUCGCGGUGGUGGCGAAGACGAAGAAGACGUUUGAGGAGUGGGACGAGGCGCUGGAAGAGGCAUAUGUGGGGGUGUGCACGUUCUUGGAGAAACAUUAUCCCGAGCACGAGCAGACCAAGAGAAUACGAGCUAUCGUAGACGACGAGGAGGCGCUGAAGAAGAUCUGCGCCGAGUUCAAGGAGGAGAUGGAACGGCAAGGCGACUGGGUGGAGUAUCCCGAGGACACGACCGAGGCCUGA